CCACGUCAAGUUGCGAAAUUUUUUAAAUAUAACUCAUAGUCAGUCCCAAAGCCAAGUUAGCGAGAUGUCCUCGCCCACAGAUUUCGACCGUUCCAUGCUGGUGGAGUACAGUGCCGCAUUUAUGUACUACAUUGAGAAGCACAAGCUGAUGGAGGUGAUGAGUCGUCUCCUGGCCGAGAUUUCCGUGGCGGAUGGAGUGACAGAUGUGCGAAGAUGGAUGGGCGAGAACAUAACCAGGAUCGGCGUAGAGAUAUACACCAAAUCGAUGGACGCCUUUCAUCGGGGAGUAAGGGGUGAUUUCUACCAGCUGCCCAGGAGCUUCUACCACCGAAUAGUGCUGCACGGCAAGCCAGGAUCUGGGCGAAGGUCCUUGGCAUAUGUGCUAGCCCAGCGCUGGAAUCUGCUAAUAUUGGAUGCCGAUGUGCUGGCCUAUCAUAGCAUCAACAAACAGGACCAGGAUGAGCCGUCCAGAUUGCUGCAGGAAGCCAUUGAAAAGGAUUGUGUCUACAAACGUUCGCAGGCAGUGGGCAAUCUCAUCGAGAACAGACUCCUCCAGGAGGACGCCCUUCACAGGGGUUGGAUUCUGAUCAAUUACCCGAACAAUAAGUGCGAGGCUGAGGAACUCUUCGAGGGCUUCACUGUGCCACCGAAUCGAUUCGUAUUCCUACAAAUCGACGAGCGUCUGGCUCGCAUGAGAAUCCUGCUCAAUAGCUACUCGCCAGGACCUCAAGCUCACGUCAGUUUUGUGGACCGCCAGAUGGCCCAGUUCCGGAAAAGUGAACCUGCUCUAAGCUCCUACCUCAGCCAGCGGAGAGAAGUGGUCUAUGUGGAUGCGUCACCUUGUUUCGAGCAGGUCAAGUGCGGGAUCAUCUCGGAGCUCACCAAAACUCCCUAUGUGCUGGGUAAAAAAUACGGCGAGGCAAAUGCCAAAAUCUGAAUUUGAUUCCAGCCACUCUGCAUCCAAAUUGAGUAACAAUGUGUUCUUGGAGUCCUUUCUGUGAUUACUCUCGUUAUUAUUAUUAUUUGCUCAAGUGUCUGUCGUUGUUUGUGUUAUUAUUGCCUUGCUUUUUUGGGGUCAGGCCUAUCAGACUUCUGACCGAAACCCCCAUUCCCAUCCAACGAAAAAAUAUUGCGACGUUUUCGUUUAGGUAAACAGUAGAAGCAAAAGAGAAACGUGUGGCUAGAUAUGCCGACUAUAGGAUACCCAUCAAGAACAUUUUCCAGCGAAUACGGUAUAACUAGUUCCGCUUAAUAUUUCUUUUUCAACCAAAAACUGGUAAACAAAUCCCCACCAAGCAAAUCACCAUCCACGCCUUGAAAACGCUGAGUAGCAAAAAGUGAUUUUCUAUUUGAAUUUCCACCACUGAAAAAUGUGAACAGAAAAACAAUAAAACGCAGGAAAAAAUGAGAGGAGAAUAAGAGAAAAAACAAAUGAUUUUAUGACCACAACUUAAGUGCUCAAUUUUUAAUUGUUUGACGAUGCUGAUAAGACCCGUGGAGGAAAGCUGCCGAGGGCGGGGAGACUUUUUAAUGGCACCCAAAAGUUCAAUCAAAGUUUUAUACAUUUUCAUUCUGCCCGAGGCAUCCGGGGGUUC